UCAGGACCCAGAGUGCGGGCGGAGGAGAAAACAGCAUUAGUGUCCGCGACACAGAAGCGGGGAGGAAACCCGGCAAAAGGAACGUCACCUUUCCGGACAGCUUCCCCCCCUCCCCCGUCUUCUCGCUCUUCGGGGUGCAGUUCUACGAAGUGAACAAACGAUCUCCUAGUCCUGCUAGCACCAGCCUCACCACAAAGCUGCCUCCGUCCCGCCUCCUUUAUUGAAGACUGCGCCCCCUGCCUUCACUUUUACGGUGUUGCUGGAACUCCUGGUUGCUCGGAGAGAGGAGUCCGGCGAACGUUGACGGCGCUCGGUGUGCAAUGCUGGGCUCUUUGGUGUCUCGCACUGAGGCCAAGCUCUUCGUGUUCCUUUCACUGAUUUCAGCAGUUAGGGGUUACUGUGGAACUCCUCCAAAAUUAAAGAAUGCAAUCCGUGAGCCAAGUGUUGAUGCAGUGAGCUUCCCUACUGGUACACUAAUAGUCUACACAUGUCUGAUUGGUUUCUAUAAUGUCCAUGGGAAACUAGAUGUUACAACGUGCCUUUCAAAUUCACAGUGGACACGCGUAGAAGACUUUUGUGAAAGCAGUUGUCCUACACCAACUUCUUCAAGAUAUGCUGAACCACACCCAGACGAGGAGCGCGAGACUUACUUUACUCCUGGGACCAUUUUGACCUAUAUCUGUCGCCGAGGCCACGACAUCAUCCCUGGAAUAAGUGCACUUGUAACUUGUCUUCAGAAUAACACUUGGUCAGAAAUUCCUGUUUUUUGUAAAAGAAAAUCAUGUGGCGAUCCAGGAAAACCACAAAAUGGCAGCGCUGUUAUUCUAACUGAUCUCCUGUAUCGAGCAAAAGUAAAUUUCAUCUGUGAUGAAGGGUACAGAUUAGUAGGAUCACCUUUUACCCAGUGUUUAGCAAAGAAUAACACUGUCGGAUGGAAUAAGGAGCCUCCAGAUUGCCAACCAAUCACUUGCUCUUCUCCUCCCAGUAUUACUGGGGGCACUCAUGAUGGAGGAGGAAGUAUUGAGAAUUUCGCCUACAACUCAGUAGUAACUUACAGAUGCAAUAAUGGCUUUUUACUAAUUGGAGAGACUUCUAUUCAUUGCACAACUGAAGAUAACGCAAAGGGAAUCUGGAGGGGCCCUACUCCUGAAUGUAAAGCCAUGAUUAUGCUUACCAGCCCCGUGCCUUCUAGUCAAGAGGUAGAGAAACAUAUUUCUUCAG